CAUUUUGGGAAGGUCGAGUUCUCCUUUGCAAGCCAGCUAGGCUGAUGAGUGAAACUUUUUAACGUCCUCCCAGUUUAGAGACGCCCAACUCUAAGCUGGUUGCAUUCCUCUUCGCUUAGAAAAAGAAUCCCCCAAAAAACUUCACGCUUCCCACUUGUUUCGUUUGUUGGUGGGUCAUGUAAAAUCAAAAUCCUCAGGACCAAGUUUGAAGAGGAACAGUCGCUUUUUGAAGAUUUCGUCGUCUUUUGAGAGAAGGAUCAGCAAACUAUUGGCAGGUAGUAAACUACUUUAUGUGCAUAGUCGCUGAAGAUGUUGCCAACAUUCCUGGCAUUGCUGCUGAUCGGCCAGGGGUUCAUUGGACAUUCCAGCGGUCAAUUUGAAGUGCAGCCCUCCCCCAGCUCCAUGGGAUGUACAGGGAUCCAGGACUGCCCCAUCGUUGUAUACUUUGUCCUCGACACCUCGGAGAGUGUCGCCAUACCGAGCCGUGUGUACGGCGAUCUGGUGGACAGCAGCAAAAUCUUCACCAAGAACUUUGUAGAGAGGGCGAUAGAUGAAGACUUUAAUGACCGGGUGAAGUUUACCUGGGAGUUUGGAGGCUUACACUUCUCUGACAGGGUGGUAAUAUUCAGUAACAUAACCGCCAACAGAAAUGACUUCCUGGCGGAUCUGGACAAAAUUGAAUACAUCGGCCGUGGCACUCACACGGACUGUGCCCUCAAAGCGAUGACGGACAACAUAAAGCAGCACACCUCGUACGACAACGCCAUCCGCUUUGCCAUCGUCAUCACCGACGGUCACGUGACCCGCAACGACUGCGGCGGCAUGCAGCAGAUGGCCGAGGCAGCCAGGGACGCCAACAUCAGGGUGUUUGCCGUCACCACCGACGACCUCCAGAACGAGAUAGGUCUCCAGUACGAGCAUGCCCUCAAGACCAUUGCCAAUUUACCCCAUGAGUUGUAUCGGAGUGACUACGCCGUUGCUUCUGCCACCAAUGAGGAGCUACCCAGCAGAACAAUCGAUCGAAUCUAUGAUGUUAUGCGAAGAGAGGCCUUCCUCAAGUGUUACAAGAUGAAGUGCCUGACAUUUACAGGAUCCUCUGGACUGAAGGGAUUCAAAGGAAGGAAGGGAGAAAAGGGUACGACUGGUGCUGUCGGUGACCCAGGUGACUCUGGGCGGCCGGGUGAUCCUGGUAUUGAAGGACCCAUCGGCUUCCCUGGUCCCAAGGGUUAUCCAGGAAUGUUUGGAGAAAAGGGUGAAAUGGGAUCUGAUGGAAAGAAGGGGAAUGCUGGAUUACCAGGUCGGGAUGGCAUUGAUGGGCAGAAGGGAAAGCUGGGACGUGUUGGACCUCCAGGAUGCAAAGGAGAUUCCGGUGAACCGGGUCAACCUGGUUACUCAGGAGAAGCUGGUGACAGAGGAUUUGCUGGUGAUCCUGGAACUGAGGGAGAUAUUGGGCGCCCAGGAAGAAGUGGACCUCCGGGACCUCCAGGAGACAAAGGUUCCCGGGGACCGCUGGGACCUUCUGGACGUUCAGGAGCCAUGGGUCCAAAGGGAGUUCCGGGAGUCAAUGGAAAACCUGGCCCUAAAGGAGAUGAGGGCCGUAGAGGUGACAUUGGACCCAAAGGAAAGCUUGGACAAAAAGGGGACAUCGGAGAUAAGGGCGACUUUGGAAUUGAAGGUGUGCGUGGAUUGGCAGGUGAAAGCGGACUGAAAGGAGCGAAGGGAGACAUUGGCCUUCCAGGACCAAGAGGAACCCCAGGCCCAUCUGGAGGACCAGGCUUGAAUGGAUCGCGAGGAGACCCAGGUGAAGUCGGACCAAGGGGUGACUCAGGACCUCCCGGCCCCCAGGGCGACAAAGGAAGGCAAGGAUUCAGUUUCGCAGGGCCCAGAGGAGAACAGGGCGAUGAAGGAGUGGUUGGAACUGAUGGCUACACGGGUAACAAAGGAGAAAUGGGACGCAAAGGACAACAAGGAACAAAAGGGGUCCCUGGUGAAGAGGGUGACCCUGGACCGACUGGUGAGCCCGGAAACAGAGGGAAACCAGGAGACCCAGGACAAGAUGGCUCUCAUGGACCUCCUGGCGACGCAGGUUUAACAGACUGUGAUGUGAUGACAUAUGUCAGGGAGACGUGUGGAUGCUGUGACUGUGAGAAGCAGUGUGGACCGCUGGAUAUUGUUUUUGUUAUUGACAGUUCAGAGAGUAUUGGACUGACCAACUUCACCCUGGAGAAGAAUUUUGUCAUCAACACCGUAAGCCGCUUGGGCGCAAUGGCCACGGACCCUAAUGCUAAGACAGGAGCUCGUGUUGGCGUUGUUCAGUACAGUCACGAAGGAACGUUCGAGAAAGUGCUUCUGAGCGACCCAAAGAUCAACUCCCUCUCGGCAUUCAAGGAGGCAGUCAAGAGGCUGGAGUGGAUUGCAGGUGGGACGUGGACCCCAUCCGCCCUCAAGUAUGCCUAUGACAUGUUGAUUCAGGCCAACAAGCGCGAGAAGGCAAAGGUCUUUGCCGUGGUGAUCACCGAUGGGCGAUCUGACCCGCGGGACGAUGACACGCUGCUCAACUCGCUCUGCAAGGACAACAUCAUCGUCAACGCCAUCGGCAUUGGCGACAUGUUCAAAAGGGACCAGGACCCCGAGACCCUGCGGUCCAUCGCCUGCGGGAAGCCCGGACGCGUGCAGAAGAUGAACCUCUUUGCCGACCUGGUGGCUGAGGAGUUCAUCGACCAUAUGGAGGAUCUAUUAUGCCCCGACCCUGAGAUCAUCUGCCCUGAUCUCCCAUGUAAAGCAGAGUUGGCCGUGGCAGCGUGCACAGAGCGGCCGGUGGAGCUGGUCUUCAUGAUCGACGGCUCGGAGCGGAUGGGUGAAAACAACUUCCGACAUGUGCGGGAGUUUGUACACAAGGUGGCCACCACCCUGCCCCUGGCUGCAAACGACGAUGACACCAAGAGGGCCCGCAUAGCCAUGGUGCAGUACGGCAGCGAGUCCGAGCAGCAGCUCGUAUUUGGCUUCAGCCACAACAAGACCGACAUCCUGGACUCCUUGACUGCCAUGAAGUACCUGGACUCGGCCUCCAACGUGGGCUCCGCCAUCAUCUACGGCAUCCACACCCUGGUUGGCAAGCCCGGCUCUGGCCCUCAGGCCACCCGGCUAGGGGCUGAGCUCUCCUUCCUCUUCAUAACGGACGGCACCAGCGGUAACAAGAGCCUGGGCGAGGCGGUGGACGCCAUGCGCAAGCACAACGUCGUGCCCACGGUGAUUGCUGUGGGUAAGGAUGUGGACAUGGAUGUCCUGCAGCAGAUAGGGUUAGGGGAGAGAGCUGCCAUAUUCCGGGCUGACGAUUACUCCCAUAUCCUGCAGCCCAGCUUCUUUGAGAGACUCUUAGUGUGGAUCUGUUAAGGACUUUAAAUUUGAUGCCCUACCCCACCCCCAGAAGGUUGGCGUAAGGUCUGAAUCCAAGUGCCUUUUUUUUAUAUAUUAGUUUUAUGUUAUUCAGGAAAAGAUAAAACAAGGUGCUUUCUUUUGUACUCAUCAAAGUAUUUUUUCAUCCUCACUUUCUCCUAUCAUUUUGUACAUUUCUUGCUCACCAAGCCUCAAGAUUGACUGGGGUUGCUAACUCUGAUUGAAUGUUUCCCUGGCAUUCUGGUCACACAAACCCACAUGCAGUGACCCUGUCUGCAGAAUCCUAUCGAUCACACGGUGCCCUUUGUAAUUUCUUUAUGCCCCAAUGGUAAAGCAAGUACCUAGCUCUUGACCCACUCGGACAAUACUUCAUCGUCAAACAUUUUCCUUCUACCAAAUAAUAAUAGAAUUUAUUCAGUUUACUUUACUUAAUUUUUAAAACAAAUAUGCCUUUGUUUUUUUUUUUUUUACUUCCACAGUAAAGUUUCACUUUCCCCAACAGGGUCACUUGCACAGAUACCUUGACCAUGGAGAUUUAAUGGGGAAAUCCUGGCGAUGCCAGGAUAAUCCUGGAGAUUCAUUAGGAACUUUCUGGUUAUUUCAGGAUAAUCCUGGAGAUUAAUAAAGAAAUUCCUGGAGAUGCCAGGGUUGUCUUGGAGAUUUAGUAGGAAAUCCCUAGAGAUGCUGGGACAAUCCUGAAGGGUGGGAAACGCUGCAUCUUGUUGGCAUUCUGAAUAUUCCUCUCCCCUUGUGCCUUGGCCGCUGACCUGGGCAGCUUGUUAUUUUUAAUGUUUUGUAACCUCUGUCACUGAACUUAACACUGUUGGCUUGAAUCUAAAAAAUUAGGGAACAUCGCUUGAUGGCAAGGUUUUGAGAUAAAGCUGAUCUUUGGAUCAAAGCAUCCUGUCCUUCCCACUGCCCACCAACAGGAAGGCAGCAAUGGGAAAAACCACGGCCAGAGAGCAGCGUCUGACUGUUGCCACACCUCUUCCGCACGUCCCAAACCUCUUGCUACACACUAGAUCCAAUCCCAGUGUUUUAUCCCACCAGCAUCACCCCACCCAAACUGUCUACUCUCAACAUAGAGUGCAGGACUGUGGCAAAGUACCUCACACUGUAACUGGAUACAUGGGUUACAGAGAAAUGCGGCUCAUUGAAACUGGGUACAAAGGUGCAAAGACUUCUGCAACUCUGGCUUCGGAAAAAUACUCCCCAUCCUUGGUUCUGUUUCCAGGUAACAUUGCACUGGUAACAUGCCACCUGCCCAUGUCAGUGUGAUCCCGGGCACUUAAAGCACCACUAUUUAAAUGAUGCAGUGGUUUAUAGCUGCCCAUUAACCAUAACCUACUGGUUAUUUUCAGAGCUGUUGACCUUGGUCCUCUGUUUAGUUUGGUGGAAACAAUUGUGCAAAUGGAUCAGUUCACACUUCAGAAUGAUACCACGAAUGUAAACACAAAUUGAAGUAAAUAGUUUGUUGAUGAGGUGCAGUUAUGUUUUGGGUAAAUAAACCCUCUUAACCUUCUCUAAGUGGGUCACUAUUUGGGCUCAAUACUGGACAGAGUUUGCACACAGCCAGAUGCAGAGUAUCAGUUGGUGAGAGCUGUAGGAUUCUAUAUAGUUGGGCCACAUUGUAACUGCAAUCCAAUAGAGAUGGCAAAAUGCACUUGCACAAAUACUUCUUCCGAAAUGGUGGGAAGAUUACAGAUAAAAUUAGAAGAAUGGAAUGGAGUCUCAAAUUGCAAUCAAUUGACAUGAUGCCACACAUUCCAGCUUUCUAAUGGUGCUAUUUAUACUGCUAUGGUAAUGUUGACUUCCAGUGGGGGUGUGAUGCGGGGUUAGGGAUGUUCUGUUCACCAGCAGGUGGUAGUAUUGUGCAGCUUGUAAUGAGAGGCCUGUUCCACUCAGGAAAUUAAUUUUCAGUUUGGAUAAAAACACUUAAGGAGAUGGAGGCAAUUCCAUUGAAUAAAAUGUACCCAAAUCAAUUGCAUCUCUCUGCGUCUUUGCAGUUGUUGGUACUUUUGGUGUGCGGAAAGUUAUGGUCUGGACCAAAGUGACUUGCCUUUGCUGAGCGCACAGCAUGUGAUGCAUUUGAAGCAAAAUCUUGCCGCACCAUCUCCUGCUUCUGUGCCUGGCCUAUCGCUGGCUCCGAUUACGGGAUGGUGGCAGGGUUGGGCGGGCUGAUGUUUACGACCUAGAUGUUGGACAAUGGGUUUGCACUCUCCCCACCACCAUCCCAAUCCUUUGUCACAAACACAGCUGGAGUGCUGGUGUGACAGGUCACUACUAAUAUUGGCUGUCCAGCACCUCUGUUCUCUGCCUUAGUGCCCAGCUCAUUGCCAGCACGGUGAGGCUCAUCAGAUCUGCCGGAUGAAGCAGACACCCUUUCACCCUUUGACAACAAGUGCUGGUGGGGUGUGCCUGUUUUCCACUGGAGAGCCGCAAAGCUUUGUAAUAUAUAUUUCCAGAUUUUUUUUGCAUUGAAAUAAUCAUCAGUCAUUCCACCGAUGUAUUUUCAUACAGUCUUCUGCAUCCAGAUUUGAAUAGUUCUGUACUGAAUACCAAAUAAAUAAAUGGAUUUUUCCAAAUAUA